AAUUCCAGAGCAGGCAGCCGGAGCGGCUCGCUGCGAGACUGGCCUCAGCCGCGCACUCUACUGAUUCCCCGUGCCGAGUACGGAUUUGGCUUCACGCUGCGGCAUUUUAUUCUGUACCCUCCUCCUUGUAUUCUGGACGCCUCUAAGGAUGAAGAUGAGUUUUCAUCUAAAGAUUAUAUAUCAAGAGAGGAAAACAUACAGCCCCAAGAAACAAUCUUUGUGAAGAGUGUUUCAGAGGGAAGCCCCGCCUUUUAUGCAGGUCUGAACAUAGGAGAUAGAAUUGUUGCUGUUAAUGGUGACACUGUCUCCAACAAGUCUUAUCAGGAUAUCAUUGCAGCCAUAAAACAGAGUGAUGACUUCCUUCGACUUCUUGUAGUUUCUAAAGAUGAGGAUAUUUUACAGAUG